CCAAAGGCAGCACUGUCAGACAAAAGCACUCAAUAUAAUUAAAUUGACGACGGACCACCCAGCGCCGAUAACUCCACCAUCUGAACCCUCAGUGCAAGUAAUAGUUUCAAAAUGCCACGACUGUUCAGUUCACAGCACCGCUGCCUUGGCGGCAGGAAUAGGUUUACCCUUUGUCGUGCCAUUUCCUUGCUGCUCCUGGGCACUUUAUGUUUUUUCACUGUGCUGCAAGUCCACAGGAAUCUCCAAACCGAAGAGGUCGCGGUGUCUGCUGCUCCACCUCCACGGAUUUUCUGCAUAAUUACGACCUUUGCGUACCUCCAUAAAUAUGCCGCGAUGCACAUCCAUCGAACUUGGGCCCCGCACUGCGAUCACUACCUUUUUGUCAGUGAUGAUGUUGACCACUAUUUGGAACCUGCGGUAUUUAUGAAUCUGCACGACAAAUGGCAACGGAUGAGGGCCCAUCUGGAAUACGUCUACAAGUAUCACUUCCAUGAGGCGGACUGGUUUCUCUACGCCAAUGAUAAUAAUUUCGUAGUUGUGGAGAAUCUUCGUUAUAUGUUGAAGUCCUACAGUCCCGAUGAGCUUAUCUACUUCGGCUGCAAACUGCGGACACCCAACGGUCUGGUCUUUAUGCACGGUGGAUCCGGGAUUGUCUUGAGUGCAGCUGCUCUGAAAAGAUUUACACUAGAUGCGAUGACCAACGAAAGCAUCUGCAGUUCGAAGGAUAAAGGAGAUGAGGCCACCGAGGAACUGGGUCGAUGUCUCACCAAUGUCAAUGUGAUACCUGGCAAUAGUCGAGAUGAGUGGCAAAGACACCGAUUCCUGCCCUUCGAUCCCGCUUUACAUUUGGGAGGCCGCAUGAACGAAUCCAUAGAGGUGCACAAAUACUUCCUCGACCAUUCCUACUACCCAGUAACUGAUAUGAACUUGCCGGUUUCUUUGCGAUUUAUUUGCUCUCUGACAAGUACCCCUAGUAUCAUUUAUAACUAUUACUACUUUACAUAUAAGGUUCGAAGGUUUGGAGUGCCACUCAAUUUUGAGUCUGGAGAGAUUCAAAGAAAGAUUGUAGCACAAAAAUAUAUGAAAUAGCAUACAAAUA